AUGUCAUACACUAAAGGCGAGUCCACUGCGAAGAAAGUUGGUGAGGGUACCUAUGCCGUGGUGUUUCUCGGGAAGCAGACCUCAACUGAACGGGAUAUCGCCAUAAAGGAGAUUAAGACAGGCCAGUUCAAGGACGGACUGGACAUGUCUGCCCUACGUGAGGUGAAGUAUCUUCAAGAGCUGAAACACGUCAACGUGAUUGAGCUCGUGGAUGUGUUUGAAUCAGCGAAUAACCUGAACCUGGUGCUGGAGUUCUUACCAUCUGAUUUGGAAGUGCUGAUUAAGGAUAGGACAUUAUUGUUCUCACCAGGUGACGUGAAGAGCUGGUUGUUGAUGACUUUGAGAGGUGUGCAUCAUUGUCAUAGAAACUUCAUUCUGCAUCGAGAUCUCAAGCCGUCGAAUCUGCUGUUGUCGCAGUCUGGGGAGCUGAAGAUUGCGGAUUUUGGUCUUGCGAGGUCGUUGGGCUCACCAAACGAGGAGUUCACGUCGAAUGUUGUCACUCGUUGGUAUAGGGCUCCAGAGCUUCUGCUCGGUGCGAAGCACUACGACGGUGGUGUGGAUAUCUGGGCAGUGGGGAUUAUCUUUGCGGAGUUGAUGCUUCGUGUUCCAUACCUCCCGGGAGCUGAUGAUAUUGAUCAGAUUGAUGUAACCUUCAGGGCCCUGGGCACUCCAACUGACUCGAUGUGGGAGCUUGUAUCGACCCUUCCUGGCUAUAACAACUUGACUGUUUAUCCACAGCCUACAAAGCAAGAGCUACGGAAGCGAUUCAUCGCUGCUACUGAGUCCGCACUGGACCUGAUGAACGAUGGAACUCUUCGAAAUGUCUCUUGA